AUGUCUCAACGAAGCAGAGCGGGAGGGGUUAGCAUUUGGUGGGCCGAGGAGGUUGAUAUUAUUACAAUGGAUAUGUCUCUUCAUUUUGUAGACAUAGCAGUUACAGAAGAGGAGGGUAGGUGGCGUUUCACUGGGCUGUACGGGUGGCCGAAUGGUAGUGAUAAGUGGCGCACAUGGGCCCUCCUAUCUUCACUAAGCCAGCAAUGGGAUGGUCCAUGGCUCUGCGGGGGUGAUUUCAACCAGGUACGAUCUGUGGAGGGCGUAUUGCGCACGAGGUGGAUAUGGAAAAUUUUGAAAGUUGCCUACGGUUGUCAGGUUUACAAGACCUGGGGUUCCAUGGGUACCCUUUUACUUGGGAGAAUAGACGGGUUAGAGGUGACUAUAUUGAAGAAAGGCUCGAUCGGUUUGUAG